AUGACCCGCCCGACCCUGGCCGACGACUCCGACGUCUUCUUCUCCCCGUCCACCUCUCGGGUCGCCGUGUCUCUUUCCUCAUCCUCCGCCUCGUCGUCCUCCACAGCCGCUCGAGAGCCGCCCGCCCGCCCGAGGCCUGCCCCUGCCCUCGAGGUAUCGCGCAGGGCCUCCGCCUCCGCCUCGCCUGCACGGCUACCGCGAACCUCGUCGCUGCUGCCACCUCCCCGCGCAGUUGCAGAAGCCGCAACCACGCCUGGACCGACGUCUGGACUCCAUGCCCCGGGGCAUCAAUCUACUCGCGAACCCGCAGCGCACCUCGGCCGGCCCUUGACACCCGCCGACCAGUCGGAGCGCACCGACACCAAGAUACCAUUCCUCUCCCUGCCUCCGAUUCUCCCUCUUCCCUCUCUUGAGGAAGCAUCCGAGGGCAGGCCCUUGAGUCUGGAGGUCCUGCCGGGUGGCGACGCCAGCGACCGCGAUACCUCCGGCCCGUCACCCGACCCUAUACGCCCGGCCACAUCCCAUACUCUAUACAGGAUGCCCUAUGACCAGGCGCGGGACGGCUAUGCCGAUCGAACCCGUUCCAGAAGCCGGAAUGGCAACGGCAGUGUCGACUUGACAAAAUCCAAGGCCUCGAAACCACCGUCCCAAAAAGCCAUGCUUUCUCGUGCGCUUCAAAAAGCAAACACGGCCGUACAGCUGGACAAUGCCCAGAACUUUGAGGGGGCCCGGCUGGCUUAUGCCGAGGCCUGCGAUCUUCUGCAGCAGGUGCUCCUGAGGACGUCUGGCGACGACGACCAGAAAAAGCUCGAAGCCAUUCGUCGAACCUACGCCAGCCGUAUAGAUGAACUGGACCAAAUGGGUCCUUGGACGAGCAAUGAUACCAACAAGGCCUUGCCGGCCAGACCGGAGAGUAACGAGUACCACCCGAGCCUCGAUCGCGAAGACGAAGACGAGGAGGUCGCAAUCAUUGGAAUGGCGAGCACGGUUAACUAUGGCAGAGACGACACAAGCCGCAGCCCUGUGCUGCAUCGCACUGGCGCCUCGCCAACACGGGAACCAAGGGAUCGUCGUCAGCGAGAAACCUCUCAGGAAAGCUUGCGAAAUACCACCAGCCCUUCAAACGCACCGCUGCGUUCCACAUUUUCGCGAUCGCCCGCCCGACUUCGACAACAAACUCAAGCCGUCAAGCGUGAGAGCGAGUCUGUGCCGCCGCCGUUAUCGAACAUCCGUACAGCGUCCCCCGCAAAGCCCCAAUCGGAUCUCCCCGAGGAGACGUUACCGCAGGAGAGAUCCUUUACGCCUGGAUCGUGGGAUGAACCGCCGGAAGCCGGGACGUACAUCCGGGACGGCAGCCAGAACUCUUGGCUGGACGCAAUCGACGAAUCUGGCGGCUCGAGUGGCUCAUCGGUCCAUUCUCGCACGUCAUCCAUGGGUUACAGGAGGAAGCAUCUUCGAGGCAUCAGCGGAAAUACAGAAAACGAAUUCGACACGGCACUCGAUGCCGCCAUUGAGGCAGCUUACGACGAUGGGUACGAACCGAUGGGCUCCGAUAAUCUCGACGCCCAGGAUCCGGACGAUGAGAUCGUCAAUAAGGCGCUGCGAAAGGUGGAAAUGGCGAGGGAGCGCGUGCGCCAGACCGAGCGCGAGGCAUACGGUACCGAAAAGCCGCGGCAGCAGCAGGCUCAACCUAUUGCCGACAGACAGGAAUCGCCUGCAGACUUCUACGACGACGACGACUCGUCGGAAGAGGAGGAGCGGAUGCUCGAAGAGAUGACGCGUGGUUACGGCAUCGAGAGCUUCAUCGUGAACCAGGACAGAAAGCAGUCUGUAUCGCGACCCGAGUCGAGAGGGGCGACCGGCGCACACCGCCAGACUCCCUCGGACCCUGCGUCAAUGACAGACUCGAAGCCGCUGCCUCCUAUCGAGAAGCUGGGGCCACGCGGCCCCGUCUCCAAGAACCUCAUGCCGGCUGCGCCGCCGCCAAUGCAGUCUUUGCCGGAGCUACCUGCGCAACGGUCAGCAUCGUCACAGAGCGUUCGCAACCGUCGGCUCUCGGGACAAAACCCGAAGCAGCUCAAGAUCGAGACGAGCAAGCUCCGCCCGCCACCCGCCGCCGUCCAGGAGGACGCAAGCCAGUCGCAUUCGAGAUCUGCGUCUGUCGGGCGAGAAGCCGAUGCCACCACAGCCAAUACUGCUCGCUCGUCGGCAGAAUCAAAACUGCCAGAGUCUCCUCCGACGGCGACACUGGCCCCUGCUCAACCGAUGACUCUCGGGUCGCCGCCCAGCAGUCGAGGGCGAGUUGAGGGAGAGGAUGCAAACGGUCGGUCCGGGUCUCCAAUCGCACAGAGGAUACGCAAGAACUUCUCAUCGUCCAGCCUGCGGAGCAUCAAAAGCAGGAACGUGUCGCUGUCGAACCUCGAUGAUGCCUCGGACAGGUCGCCAGGAACGCCAUCGAGCAACACACAGUUCAGCAGCUUGCGGGCGCCAGCGGUGCCAGCGCUUCCGACGCCGCUGAGCUCAAGCUUCCGCGAGAACAUGGAUGGCUCCGCGGCGGGCGGUCUCCACCUGUUUGAGGACAAUUUCCAUCUGCCCACGAGUCCGGGGUCGCCGAACCCGAUGUCGCUGGAUGCGCCCGUCGCCCUGGAGCCCUGCCCGAACGACUUCAUGCUUCGGCCGUUUUGGCUCAUGCGCUGUCUGUACCAGACAAUGGUGCACCCGAGGGGCGGCUACCUGAGCACCAAGCUCUUUGUCCCCAGAGACGUGUGGAAGGUCAAGGGCGUGAAGCUCAAGUAUCUGGAAGACAAGAUUGCCAACUGCGACUACCUCACGGCGGCGCUGUUGAAGCUGGCCAAGGUGGACACGUGCGACGCCGACGCAGUGCUUGAAGAGAUGCAGUCAUUGGAGGGCGUGCUCGAACAGGUGCAGGCGACGCUGACCCGGAAGCUUGGCAGCGAAGUCGGUGUCCAUAGUUCUGGUUCACUGUUUCGGGAAGCCUCCAACGUGGUGGAAGGCGACGGAUCCUCGGGCGUGCCUCGGGCGUCGAGCAUUUCGAGCAAGUCAUCAUCGUUUUCGUGGCGGCGACUGAGGUCCAAGAACUCUGCCGUGGGACUCGGCGGGGCGUACAACAGCAGGCUCAGCAGCGUGGAGGGGACCAAGGAGGUGGUGACGCUCCCGACGCUGCCCAUGACUGCGCAGCCGACGAGCCGGCCGGCGAAGAGGGACGUCGGCUUGGCGCAGUUUUCGGGACCGAAUGCGCAUUACAUGGGCUCGCUUGCGCGCUUGUUUGACGCGGCGCAAGCAGUUGACCAGAUCGCGCGGCAAGUGGAGGAUCCCGGGCUGCGUCAUGCCGACAAGACGCAAGUCGGGCUGGAGCUGUGCACGCGGCACGCGGCCGAGUUCUUUGGGUUCUACGUCUGCCGUUUCGUGCUGACGGACGUGAGCCUGCUGCUGGACAAGUUUAUCAAGCGCGGUAGCGAGUGGGUGCUGUCUUGA